AGGCAAAUAUUAUUCGUCUUGAAGGUUCUUGAGGUGCAGGAGGCUCUGCUCCACUUGCUUGCUUCUGUAGAAGAAUAAGCCUUUUGAAGCCUUUCUCUGCCACCAAACCCGUUUCGUCCAUUUGGGUCUCUCUCUCUCUCUCUCUCUUUCGAGUUUGGUGUGUUAGUUAUGGCUUCCUUGAGACCCACCCUCUCCCAACUUUCCCUUUCCCAAUCCAAUUUUCCCAGAAAAUCCACGCGGAACAAUCCCCCACACUACUAUUUCCAUAAAAGGAUCGGAAAGUUGCAAACUUUCACCGUUUCCAAGUCUUCUACUUUGUUCAUGGUUUGCUGUGGAGCUCAAGAUACCCAGAACCAAAACAAUGGAGAAGAGCCUCCCGAGUCAUUAUUCAUGAAGGAACUGAAGAGGAGGGGUAUGACCCCAACAUCUUUGCUCGAGGAUUACAAGCAAAGCAACUAUGGACUUGAUGAAGAGGUUUAUGUAAAUGAAGAAGAUAGAGGAGGUUUCUCAAACAGAAAUGCUGUCUCAACUAAUGUUGAGAGGAGUCUAGACAAUCAGAGGGAGCGAUCUAUGGCACUGAACAGUGAAGGUCUUGAGGGUUUGGUACCUCGUGCUAAAGUUCUGUUGACAAUUGGAGGAACAUUCUUCUUGGGAUUUGGACCAUUGAUCCUCAUAACUGUUGCAUUUUUUUCUGCUCUCUACUUUUAUUUUGGACCGUCUUUUGUCCACGACGCAAGCAAGAUGUCUUUAUCACCUCCACAAUAUGUGGACCCUUAUGCACUCCUAGAAGAUGAAAGGAUGUCUCAGAUAGCACCUCGGCUAAAUUAAAGGCAACAUUACAUGUACUUAGCUCAUAGAAAUCUAGUUACAUAUAUCAAAUUUAUGUUUCCUUAGCUUCUAUUGAUUUAGUUCCUUUGUAAAAUAUCGUCCCAGGGUGAACUUGUUAUCUAUUUUGCGUUCAUCAUUGACUUAAUUCUUUUUACCUGCCUUUUCUAUAUAUUGUGCUCAUAAUUUAUAU